CCAGAGCAGUCCAUAGACUGUCAGUUCACUGUCAUUGUCAUCGAACAGCUGCUAAAAAAGAAUAUAUUAUAUUUUAGAAAAAAACCUAUAAAAUAGACGGAUUUUCCUGGUGAUUUGUAUAUAAUUUCGUUUUGUGAUUGUUAAAUUUAUCAAUACAAGUGUUAUUGUUAUUGAUAUUGUGAUACAUUAAUUUACAGAAAAAAAUUAAAAUGAACACCUUUAUUGGUUUUGUCUUUAUUAGUACUCUACUUGGAACUUGUGUGGUUUCAAAUGGUGAUGAAAAUGUAACAACCACAAUUUCGACAGAGGUCACAAUCGCAAAUGUAACUACAGAAGUUCCCACGAAUUCUGAAAAUGUAACUGUUACAUUGGCUCCAGCAUCUAUUAACACAACUCCUGGAACAACUCAGGCUGUAACUACCAAUAAACCACCUGAACCACACACUUCAGACGUACCACACACUACAGAUACACCAGUUACUGCUGGAACAACUCAGGUUGUAACCACCAAUAAACCACCAGUUACUACUGAAGUACCACCCACUACAGAAGUACCACACACCAGUGAGGUACCAGUUACCACUUCAACUCCUCAACAUGGUCGACAUUUUGAUGGCCCUAGUUUCAUUGGGGGCAUUGUUCUUGCUUCUGGUCUUAUGGCCAUAGGUUUUGUAGCUUUCAAAUUCUAUAAAGCUCGCACAGAAAGAAACUACCACACUCUCUAAGAUACUAAUAAAGGCUAUCAAUCUUAGGUACAAAGUAAUAUAUGUACGUUAUAACGCUGUUUCUGAUUUUGGUUUGUUUUUUCUUUUAACUGGUUUAAAUCGUUUUAAUCUUAAAAGAUCAUUGUCAUGCAAACAUGGUCAGUUUGAACAUGAGAAUAGCCUUUAAAGGAAGACAGCACUUAUGCUCUGCUGUUAAAGUAAACUAUUAAAUUGUCACUUGAUAUUUGGAGAGCAUGAAAAUUAUCUUCAGUUGCAAAUAAAAUGUUUAAUAAUAAGUAAAUAAUCAUGAAUCGCUAUUAGAGAUUUAUUGUAAUUUACAAUUAAUAAUUUCAAUAUGGAAAACAAAAACGAUUGAAAUGUGUAUUGAAUUUUACACAUGUAUUACAUUUUCAUACAGUUAAGAGGUGAAACAUUCCAUCUACUUCUAAUUUGUUCAAUUUUUCAAAAUUAUUGAUUUACUUUGUACAUUUUUUUUUUUCAGUCAAAAACUAUUAAUUUAAUGUCAUAAUAUUUUUUUAAUGAAAGUACUGGGAUCGAUAAUAGUAUAAAAAUGGCACCCAUUAACAGACGCUAAUAAAUUUUUGUAAUUUUUUUUAUUGUCCUUUAUACUUACAUUCACAACAAUUUGGGAUUACUCCAUUGGUCAAACACAAUUGUAUGUAAUUUAUUCAAUUUAUGAAUUAAUAGAAUAAGUAUAAAAUUAUAAAAAAAAACAUUUUUUAGGGAGCCUAUUACACAUCCUGUUAUGAGGACCAUUUUCAUACUCUUAUCGACCCUAGUCCCUUAAGCAUGUUUUUUUUAAGUCGGUUUUCAUAGUUGUUUAUUAAUAAAUAAUCAAUAUAUAUUUUUGAGAAAAAGGUCAAUCUUAAAUGUUUGUAACAGCAUGUCUACAGAAAAAUAUAUAAAAUGUUGUGAGUGUAUGUGAGUUUUGUACAUAUGGUUUUAUUAGUAUUUUAUGUAAUUUUGUUUAUAUUACGCAAUAGUUUUUGUAUAUAUAAUUGCUUUACUAAUUUUAUAUAAGCAGGCAACUAAUUUAAAAUUUUGUAUGGUAAUGUCGUAGUUCAAAAUGUAACUGGCAGCUAAUUUAGUCUACAUUAAAUUAAGUUCUUUUAGAAGAAGCACAUGUUCUGCUAGUCAAAAAAGAUGUAAUCAUGUUUAACUUGUGAUUUUAACAGUAUAAACCAUACGUAACUAAUUUUAAAUAAUGUUUAUACAACAUUGUGCAUCUUUUGAAAAGUUUGAAAAUGUUGUUUUAAUUUGUUGCCUGUGCAAUUUUAUGUGAUAAAUGUUAAUUGAAUGGUCAAAUUUCACUUUAGCCGUCCUGUUGUGAAAUACAAAAACUUGGUAAUUGUCUAUAAAUCGAAUAUUGGUAAAAUUAUAGAAUCGGGGUGUUGUACAGUAUAAUGCCAACCCUUUUUCCAUUCCCCUGACUUAAUCAUGUAUCUCCCCCUAUUUUUUAGUAUUCUACAGGUUCAUCCCAAUCCUCUUCAACCUAAUUAAUCUUUCCACUCCCUCUGACCAUGUACCUACAUCUAGACAAUUACCAUUAACUUUCUAUUCUGUUAUUAUUUUAUUUUCCUUAUAAUUUCAAUAAGAGGAUAACAGAUAAUUUUGAGUGCCUAAUUGUAAAUAUUAAAGUCGCCUCGAUUCUUCGAUUUUUCUUAAAUUAUUCAAGACAGGCUUUUGUCGCUGCAUAUUUUUUUGUUUCUAAAUUUUUUAAUUACCUAUAAAUGGUAUUAUGUAAUUAAUGCCAACCAUCAUAAACUGAUCAUAACUAUUUUUAAAUCUCUGAUUUAAGCAGCCUUAAGAUUUUGUCUUAAAUACACAUUUAUGUUGCAAAAUUAAUUGUACAAACAACUUAUUUUUACUAUGGCAAAUGCAAUGUUAAAUGGAGGAAUUCUUAUACUUAAGAAUGAGUAAUUUUUUAACUGUACACUUACUGUAACAAGUUAAUAAGGCGAAUGUAUUUCUAUCUUUGCUUUGCUUCUAAUUUUUUUGCCUUUUUUGUAGCAUUUACUUUAAAGGCGUUUUCUCAGUAUUUCAUAUAGUGCAUUUUUUAAUACCUACAUAGUUACUACUUUUGCAGUGAAAAUAUAAAGAAUUUACACGCGUAAAAUGAUGUUACAAUAACUAUAAAUCGAUUGCACUAACGUAUUAAAUAUAAAGUUUAUGUCCAUAUUUAAGUGCUCUUAAUGAUAAGACUAGAAAACGUUGCAAAUUUAAUUUUGAAAGUAGAUAUACGUCAAUUAUGUCUCCAUAUAUAAAAUAAUAUAAAGUGCUAUUUAUUAUUUGUUAGCCAUCGAUUUUUACUUGAUAGUAUAGUUUCGCCAAUGGUAAUUAUCUACUAAGUUCAAUUAUGAUCUCUCAAUUUAAAGACCAUACCAUAAUACACAGAUUAUGUAACGUACAUUUAAUUCUAAUGCUUUAAAAAUGGUCCAAAAAAUUAAUUACAAUGCAAUAGUAAGGUUUUUAUUGUAAAUGUCUUGUUUUUAAAAUUGUCUCGCAUAUAUCGUGUUUGUACUUUACUAUAGAUGUAGUUUUAAAAAAUUUUGGGAAAAUCAAAAAUUUAGGCAGCUUGUUCUGACUUAUAAAAACUCUUUGUUUUUAAUUGUAAUUUUCUAGCUAAAAUGGGAUUUUCGAAACAGUACUUUAAGAAAUUGUUUUUAGGACAUUAAAUUUGCAAAAGUAGUUGUAAAGUUAAGGAGAAACUUUGUUGUUUAUUGCAACUUAUUUUAAAACAAUCUGUAUGUAAUUACAAAACAAAUAACAAGUUUUUAAACUAUUUUGUGAAUGUAUGGCAGUUUAUAUACGAAAUAAACAUAAUUACUGUUGCUA